CUCCUCCGGGCCACGGGGCACCGGCCCCGGGGGACCCCAGCCCGCCUGAGCAUCCCCCUGCCCCGGCCCGGCGCGGCCCCCGCGUGUGCGGAGUGGCGGGGCACUCCGCGGCGGGGAGGAGGCGGGGGCGCCGGAGCUGACGGCGCGGGAUUGAUUGGAAACGGGGGAAAACGGAGUGACAGGAGGGACACCGGGUGGCCUGAGCGAAGCGACAGCUCUUGCUACAGGGCUGCCAGCGCAGGAUGGAGACACAGCCACAGCCCUGAGCGGGUGCUGCUGCCCCUGUCCGUGGCCCAGCUUUGCCCAGCCCGGCACCAUGAGUGGCUUCCUCUCUCGGCUGGACCCACGGCGGGUGCCCUGGGGGGCCGCGGGCCAUGCCCUGCGCACCCGCGUCCUGCGCACCAAGCCCGUGGAGUCCAUGCUGGAGGGCACCGGGGCCGCGGCCGCCCAGGGCGCCCGGCUGGCCAAGGUCCUCACCACCCUUGACCUCAUCUCCCUGGGUGUCGGGAGCUGCGUGGGCACCGGCAUGUACGUGGUGUCCGGCCUGGUGGCCAAGGAGAUGGCGGGGCCCGGGGUCAUCGUGUCCUUCAUCAUCGCUGCCGUGGCAUCCAUCCUGUCAGGCGUUUGCUACGCUGAGUUCGGCGUGCGGGUCCCCAAGACCACGGGCUCUGCCUACACCUACAGCUACGUGACCGUGGGGGAGUUCGUGGCGUUCUUCAUCGGCUGGAACCUCAUCCUGGAGUACCUGAUCGGGACGGCCGCGGGCGCCAGCGCCCUCAGCAGCAUGUUUGACUCGCUGGCCAACCACACCAUCAGCCGCUGGAUGAUCAACAGCGUCGGCACGCUCAACGGCCUGGGGAAAGGAGAGGAGUCGUACCCUGACCUUCUUGCUCUGGUCAUUGCUGUCAUUGUCACCAUCAUUGUGGCCAUGGGGGUGAAGAACUCGGUGGGACUCAACAACGUGCUCAAUGUCAUUAACUUGGCAGUUUGGGUCUUCAUCAUGAUUGCUGGUCUGUUCUACAUCAAAAGUGACAACUGGGCUGAAGGGCAAUUCCUGCCGUUCGGAUGGCCAGGGGUACUCAAGGGGGCUGCAACCUGUUUCUAUGCCUUCAUUGGCUUCGACAUCAUUGCUACCACGGGAGAAGAGGCGAAGAACCCCAACACCUCCAUCCCCUACGCCAUCACAGCCUCGCUCGUCACGUGCCUGACAGCUUAUGUGUCUGUGAGCAUGAUCCUCACACUGAUGGUGCCCUACGAUGCCAUCGACACUGAGUCCCCACUGAUGGAAAUGUUCGUGGUCCACGGCUUCUACGCAGCCAAAUUCAUCGUUGCCAUCGGGUCCGUGGCCGGCCUCACUGUCAGCUUGCUGGGCUCCCUCUUCCCAAUGCCCAGAGUCAUUUAUGCCAUGGCUGGUGAUGGGCUGCUCUUCAGGUUUUUGUCCCAUGUCAGUUCUUACACGGAAACCCCUGUCGUGGCUUGUAUCGUGUCCGGGUUCCUGGCAGCUCUGCUCUCCUUGCUGGUCAGCCUGAGGGACCUGAUUGAGAUGAUGUCCAUUGGCACCCUGCUCGCCUACACGCUGGUGUCCGUCUGUGUCCUGCUCCUCCGGUACCAACCCGAGAGCGACAUCGACGGCUUCGUCAAAUUCCUCUCCGAGGAGCACACCAAGAAGAAGGAGGGCAUCCUGGCCGACUGUGAGAAGGAAGCUUGCUCUCCUGGGAGCGAAGGAGAGGAGUUCUCUGGCCCACCGACCAACACGUGCGGGGCAAAAAAUCUGCCGUCGCUAGGAGAUAACGAGAUGCUAAUUGGGAAAUCCGAUAAAUCCGCCUACAACGUGAAUCACCCCAAUUACGGCACCGUCGACAUGACCUCGGGGAUAGAGGCAGAUGAGUCUGAGAACAUCUAUCUCAUCAAGCUGAAGAAGCUGAUCGGCCCUCGGUACUACACGAUGCGGAUCCACCUCGGUCUGCCGGGUAAAAUGGAUCGCCCGACGGCGGCCACCGGCCACACAGUCACCACCUGUGUGCUCCUGCUCUUUGUCCUGAUGUUCAUCUUCUGCUCCUUCAUCAUUUUUGGGUCAGACUACAUCUCUGAGCAGAGCUGGUGGGCCGUCCUCCUGGUCGUGCUGAUGAUCCUGCUCAUUGCUGUGCUGGUGUUUGUGAUCUUGCAGCAGCCAGAAAACCCCAAGAAGCUGCCCUACAUGGCCCCGUGUCUGCCCUUUGUCCCUGCCUUCGCCAUGCUGGUGAAUAUCUAUCUCAUGCUGAAGCUCUCCACAGUCACGUGGAUCCGAUUUGCCGUCUGGUGUUUUGUGGGCCUGCUCAUCUACUUUGGCUAUGGGAUGUGGAACAGCACGCUGGAGAUCAGCGCCCGGGAGGAGGCCCUGCACCAGAGCACCUACCAGCGCUACGACGUGGACGUCGACCCCUUCUCCGUGGACGACGGCUUCUCCUUCGCCCCUGAGGGUGAGAGCUACCCGGCCUGGGGUCCUUCUGAGGACAAGAGCUUCUCGUACCAGCACAUGGCAGGCGCCAAGGAAAGCCAUCGGACAAGUAGCAGGUCGAAAAGCAAAGGCCGGCACAAACCACCGUCGGAUGCUCUGAUUGCCAACGACGAGUUGGACUACUCGCCCGAGUAGGGGGACGGGGCCACACCGCCCAGGUGGUACUUUCUGGUGUAAUAAUUCUCUGCAGUUCUGAUAUGAAGUUGGUGUAUUUGUUAAAAGCAGUUUGUUCUAUCCAUUUUUUUUUGUGGUUUUCAGAAGCCCAUUGGUGCAUUUUACAAUGGGGUCUUGUAGUGUGUCAUGAGAAAGAAAAAAUAUGCAGAUAUGUUAUGGAGUGAUUUUUAUUUUCAAAUGACUGUGUUGUUGACAACUAUACAUAUAAUACAUAUAUAUAAUCAAGAUACUAAGAAAAAAAAUCUAAAUUUACCAAAAUCUGUAUAUUUUAAUAAAUGCAUAAAGCUUUA